GUUGAUAUCUAUGAAUUUAUUGUUCUCUUUUUUCUUUUCUGAAAAGAAAUGAUGUCAGGAAUAGAGAAGCGUUUUUUUGAGGGUGGGGAUGGUGGUAAAAACCCCAAGUACUCAAUUACAGACUUGGACAAACAUAACUUCAAGGCUAUUGGAGAGAUAUUUGCUGUCAGCAUCGCACAGGGAGGACCACCACCAAACUUCUUUUCGCAGUGGUGUUACAAGUAUAUAUCUACUGGAGAAGUGGAUCAGGAAGCAAUAACUGAAAGAAACAUUACUGACCCUGAAGUCAUGGAACUAAUUAAAGAGAUUAAGGCAGCUGACAACACAACUGUCAUGGAGUUCACAGACAGAAUUUUGUCAUGUGGUUAUACAGGGGCAGUGUCUUUUGAAAAAAAAGAAGAGAUUGUGCGCUCUGUGGUUCUACACUCUACAGUGAGGUUACUUCCCAUGCUACAACAAAUCGCCUCUGGAUUGAAACUGUAUGACCUCCUUAGCUUGGUACAACAAGAAACUGACAUUUGCAGGCAGCUGUUUGUUCCAGGAUCUUUUUGCAAGGUGGAUGCUGAUUUUCUGAUGAACUCACUAUCACCUUCAUUUAGUGAGAUGGGUACAAUGAGGCGUGCAAGGGAGUCCAAAGUAGUCAACUUUCUGCAGGACUAUUUACAGGACAUGGAGGAUGAAGGUGACUAA